CCGUGUCUUGGUGUCGUAUCAGUAUACACUUGCUUCCCACAUCGGUACAACAUAAAUAAUAUUAUAAGCACGCUUUUCCUCGCGAAAGCUCCGGCGAGCUGAUAGUGUAAAAAAAGAGCGAGAAAAUUAGUUGGCGGUGGUGGUGGUGGGUACAAAAAUACAUGUGGACAGGUGUCCUCGGGCAGGAGGAGCGAUGACGAGGAUGAGGCUCAAGGGACGGCCGAGCGGGGCCAUCGCGCUGCUCCAGCUGCUCGUGGCCCUGACGAUGGCCGGCCUACUACUCGACGUCGGCACAGCUGAACUCGAGUUCUUCCAAGGCGAUAGGGAGCCGAAGCUGCCCGACGUGAGCGUGCAGCGCCUCAUGCGCUACCUCGAGUCCAAGCGACACACCCUUCACCACCAGCAGCCCCAGCACGUCUUCCCGGCCGUGGCGCCAGGCCCACCCCAACCAGCGGCCCACCCGCAGCUCGAGCAGCUCGAGCGUCUCGCCGAGCUGCAGGAGGAGGCACGCCGGGAACACCACCUGAAGCAACUCCACCAGCAGCACCUCCUCGAGCUGGCCCGGCAAAAGGAACGGGGCCUCCUCAGGGACGACCUACCCGAGCGGCCCAACGUCCUCGACGUCCUGCAGCGCCAAGCCGUCGAUCCCCUCGUCUAUGUCCACGAGCUCGACAAACAGAGGCUCCUGCCCUACCUCGGCCUCGACUACGAGCCCCGGCCCAGGACCAAGCCCUACUCCGUCGAGGACCAAGCCAGGGCGCGUGUGCUCGCGGUGCCCGUGAACAAGAACAACCCGCUGCUCGACUACCCGGAGACCCAUUACGAGGACACGGGCAGCCGGCAGGGGCUCCAUCGCGGGCACCACCGCGACCCCGACAACAGGCACCGGUCGAGGGUGCACGAUGAGCGGCCCUUAGCCGUCGGGCCCGACGACCCCCGGUACUUUAUCCACGAGGACGAGGACGACACUCCCUACGAGCCUGUCGGCCAUCGCCAAGGGCACCAUCACCACGGCGGCGAGCAGCCGGUGAUACCCGAGCACCACGACACCGCCAACGGGCACCACAAGAAGGUGGAGGAGGUGGAGCCGGUCCACGUGGCGGUCGAAGCGAGCACGCCGGAGAUGCCACUUUUGGACGAGAGCAAGCGCGACCAGCGGUACCACCAGCCAAACUUGGAUCCUGGACUUCAGAGACGGGCCGAGCAGUACGACGAUCCCGCGAUCAGCGCUAUCUACAAGCUCAACAACGCCAGUGGCGGCAACGACGUAUAUCUCAUUGCCGUGGUGGCGGGCUGCAGCGCUGCCAUAAUGUUCGCCGUGGUGCUGAUCAGCCUGACCUGGUGCAGGAUGUUGCGAGAGGCAAAGGCUGCCGCGGACGUGGAGUAUCCGGCUUACGGGGUGACGGGUCCGAACAAGGACGCGUCGCCCUCGGGUGACCAGAGGCUCGCCCAGUCCGCGCAGAUGUACCACUUCCAGCACCAAAAGCAGCAGAUCAUCGCCAUGGAAAAAGCGUCGGCUGUUCGUGACGCUGGUUCGGUGUCCGAGGCUGAGAGCGACGACGAGAACGAGGAGGGAGACUACACGGUCUACGAGUGCCCCGGGCUCGCGACGACUGCAGAGAUGGAGGUGAAGAACCCGCUGUUCGACGAUGACCUGACACCCGCCAACCAAGCCAAAGCCAGGCGAAACGGCGACGUUUAGAAUGUACCUGCAGUGUAUAUGCGCGAAGGAUGCUUGGGUCGGUGAAAAAUAAUGUUCGACUCGAUUGCAGCGGGGAAAUGCAGAAUUUUCAUAUUUCUCGGGAAUUUGUGCGUCACCUGACGCGUUUUGGUUGUUUCGUUUCAAAUUACUGUGCGAACAUUCGGUGUUCGCGAAUCGGUUUCAAAAGUUCACUCUUGAGAUCGCAUGAUGGAAAAUUUUAACUUGUACAUAAUAUAUAUGCAAAACAAGCCAACGAACAACAAAAAGAAAAAAAAAGAAAAAAAGGGAGUUACACAUGGGCCGAGAAAAUUUGAGAGUUAUUUUUGUAAGAACAAGAGAGAUCAGUGACGAAAACUGUACUAAUCCAAAAAUGAUGUAAUAUGUACCUUACACAAAUUAUCACUGGGUAUGCAUUUCUUUAACCAUACAAAUAUAUAUAAUUAUGUAUGUGUGUGCGCGCGCGCGCGCUUGUGCGUCAACUAUAAAUGUGAAGGGCGUGUAGUAUAGGAAAUUGUUUUGGCCAUCCAAAGAGUUUAUUUUAACUUUGUCGUUAGAACCGUACAAUUACUAAUCGUGCUUUGUUCGGCAACCUAUUGUUACAUUAGUUGCAUGUGAGUAUAGACAUAUUAUAUGGAUAUCGUACGAAUAUAUACUGUACAAGAAAAAAUUUAUCAAUGGAUAGAUUAUAUAAUA